UCACUCAACCUUGAAACAUUCACAGAAACCAUUUCAUGAUCAUCUUCUUCUUAUGGGUGUUCCUCAAAAACAAACAAUGAAUGAGAUAGCAGUUGUGGAAAUGGAGAGGCAAGAAAAGACCAAUGACGUGCACAGCAAAUCUAAGGGUUUCGAUAUCUAUAGCAACACAACAAUUAUAAUCUUUCUCGCUCUAUCACUAGUUACACUUCUGAUUCUUUUUGAUUUUCAAGCUCUACAUACACCAACCUCUUCUACUUCCCUCAAGUCAUGGACAUUCCAAAAGUGGGAGAAAUUAUGCAAGACUAACUAUGAUUCAGGCAACUACUCAAGCAAGCUCAAUGAAAUGACAUCUAAGUUACGCGACUCGGUCACUUUUCUCCCUCUCAAGGACUGGAGGUUUAAACCCAGGGAAGGACACACCUGGUUCAUGAGCACAAUCGAAGAUACAAUAGAGGAUGAUGAAGUAGAGUACCUUUACUUCCCAUCAGAGGUAUCUAAAAGAAGGAUACUCUGUUUAUCAGCACGUGAUCGCCGUGAUGGAGGAAAUAACUUCUAUGGUUUAGCAUGGCCGGAGAGUCUCCCUACCAAUGCCACUUUCAUGGAAGGGCUGACCUAUGUAUCAGAUACAUACUAUGAUUAUAACAAUCUGUUUCACGCAGUGACGGCCAUGCUGCCUUUUGUGGGGUGGUAUAAAAGGAAAGGCUGUGAAAAGCCUUCAAGAUGGGUCCUUUUCCACUGGGGUGAACUCAGGACUGGGAUGGUAACAUGGCUUCAGAAACUCAUGGAAGCGACUUAUGAGGAUGAUUUAAAACUAGAAACAUUUGAAAGAGGGAAUGGAUUGCUCUGUUUCGAGAAAGCUGUGGUGAUGAGGCAUAACAUGGGGAGGAUGGGGCAGGAGAAGAAGCGUGAAGCAUAUGAUCUGAUGAGGUGCAAGGCUAGGGCUUUCUGUAAUGUAAGCCAACCAGAGAAGGUAUUGAACAUUAAUGGAAAUAGGAUACCAGUUAUUCGGCUGACACUGUUGAUGAGGAAGGGUCCGAGGUCUUUCAAAAAUGAAUCAGUUGUGAUCCAGAUAUUCCAAAGAGAAUGUGAGAAGGUAGAAGGAUGCAAGCUAACAGCAGUCCACUCAGAGGAUCUCAGCUUUUGUGAUCAGGUCAGUUUAAUGAGUUCUACUGAUAUCGUGGCGUCACCACAUGGGGCUCAAUUGACGAACCAGGUGCUAAUGGAUAGGGGUAGUAGUGUGAUGGAAUUCUUUCCCAGAGGAUGGAAAGAACUCGCAGGUGUGGGCCAAUUUGCUCAUCACUGGGUAGCAAGUGCCUCUGGGAUGAGACACGAAGGUGCUUGGUGGGACCAACAAGGUGACAACAUAUGCCCUCCUGCAGAAAGUGAUCGAUGUUUCAAAUACUUCAAGGGUGCGCAGGUUGGCCACAAUGAGACUUACUUUGCUGAAUGGUCCAGAAGAGUUAUUAACCAGGUGAAGACAGACAAGCUAGACCAAGGCUCUAUAGAAUCACCCAUAAACUCAAAUAUCUGCUCAUGUGGGUAACAUACAUCCAGCUCAUGUAUGUUUCAGUAAUCUACAAGUAAAUUUUCCAAGGGAAGACUACACAGCUUAGAUAUUGUAAGAGACAGGCUCUGAUAUGAAGUUCUAUGGCUACCUCUAAGUGUCACAGGAGAGGGUAUCACA